GCCAUCAUUCUGCUUGGGCUCUCUUUGGGUUUCCAUUCGCAGUGAACUGCGACAUGCCACACCAGCACCGGCGCCUCCCACCGCGUUGGGCAUCCUCCCCACUUCCGGCCGCUCCGCUGGAGCGCUCGUCGUGCCGCGCCGCCGCCUGAUUCGUCGUCGCCGUGCGCCUCCACCCCUCGACUCGACCCAAACCCUGCACAGAUUCAUUCCCCAACCAUAACCAUCGCGGCCACGAUGCUGCUCCGUUCCGGGCGGCGCCUCGCGACCCUUGAGGAAGCAGCACGGGCGACCGUGCCGAGAUGCAGAACAAGGGCAAGGUCGGAUCUUUUCGCCGGCUUGCCGGAGGAGAUCCUGCUUGACAUCCUGCUCCGCCUCCCGCCCAAGUCCGUGCUCCGAUGCCGUGCCGUCUGCCGGCUGUGGCGCCGCAUCGCCUCGGACCCCGCGUUCCUCCUCGACCACCACCGCCGCCAGCCGGAGCUCCCCCUAAUGAACUGCGGCGGCCGCCUCAGAGCUCUCCAUCGCCAGGCCCGCAGGAUCCACCCAGUAUUUCGGUUCCCCGAAGCCUUCCCUUUCGGCUUCACCGCCGACGCCUCGUGCGACGGCCUGCUGAUCUCUGGCCAGCACAUCUGCAACCCAACCACGCGGCAGUGGGCGCCUCUCAGCCCCAACCCAAAGCACGGCGUCGAGAACAUCCUCGGCCUCUACCGGCAUCAACCCUCAGGGGAGUACCGCGUGCUCUACUGGAGGUACCCAAACAACCUCUACAACAUGGACUGCCUGAUCGAGUACCGCGUCCUCGCCGUGGGAACCGACGACCCCAGGAUCAUCGAUUGUUCAGCAACCCCGGUUGAAACAGAGCUGAUAAGCAGGGGAGGACCAGCCAUCUACGGCGCAGCAGUCCUUCUCAAUGCCAACCUGCACCUACACUGGAGAAAGUCGUUCGGCGUCCCCUACCACCGAAUCCUGGUGUUCGACACGGUCGCAGAGACGUUUCGGCACAUGCGCCCGCCAGCCGUGAACCCCCGCCAUGUCAUGCACCUGUUUGACAUGGGUGGCACGCUUGCCGCAUCCACCAGCAAGGACGGCAUGACAGGGAUGAGCAUAUUCAUGCUCCAGGACCACGAUGUAUGGGCGUUCCGGUAUCGGAUAACACUGCCGGUGGUGGAUAUCAGGCGUUUCCAGGAGCGAGGGGAUUGGUGGGCAAAGGUUGUGAACAAGGAGGGAGACGUGCUGGUCACCUGCUACGAACACCUGUUACUUUUUGACAAAGUGGGCAAUCUGAUUGGCAACUCCAAGUUUGAUGAUGACCUGCCGGUGGUUCUGCCUUUUAGACUGAAAGAGAGUCUUGUUCAGCAUACAUUUUUCCAAAAGACGGAGAACUGAUUCCUGGAGACUUGUUCACGAGUUCUCAUUUGCCAUGUUAACUGAAUGCAUUGUUGGAAUGCUUUAACUGUUGCCUACGAUUAGGUAGUUCUCUGCUAAUAGGAGAGAAUAUAACAAAGGGUUUGGGGUAGAACAGAGGCGUACAAGCCAGACAGGUAGAAAGAAACAAAGGAGCCAAUGGAGAGAUGAGAUACUUUGUUCAGUUCUCUCAAAUGGGCCAGCUUCUCUUAUUCGCAACUAUCUACUCCCAGGCUCCCAGCAGAACCAUUGAUUUUGAUGCUUGAAUAUAGAUUUUUGAAAUUGAGUUGUCCAGAUUGUCUGUUGUGGAAUUCUGGACACAAGCCAAAUUGAGUAGUGAAUUGCUUGCUGGUUUGAGAUACGCUCAGAUGAUAUUUGAUAUAUCAAGAACUUAGCCCGACAAAGAGAAAACUGGUAAGUUUUUGUUUUCUCGGCAGAAUGUGUUACAGCUUAUGUAAUUCUGAAAGACUAUCAUUCCGAUCUACACUACUAUCAGAAGAGAACUGAUUGUGCUGCUUGA